AUGGUGGACCACGUUGGCAGUCUACACGGACAUCAUCAUCAGCACCCUCACCAACAAUUGGUUGAUGUCAAUUCUAGUGUAGAUCUCUCCAAAUUAUCAGAUGAAGAACGGUGGAGGAUUGAGCACCAACGGCUGCAUGAAAAGCACCGUGGCCAUGAAGCUAUGCACGCUGAGAUGGUGCUCAUUUUACUGGCCACCUUAGCUGUUGCUCAGGUAGUUCUUAUGCAGUGGAAAAAAAGACACUUCAAAUCAUAUCAGAGAUCCACUUUAUUAGGGAUGUGGUUAAUCCCAGUCAUUUUCUGUUUGAAAUUCCACUGGGCUAGAUUCAUCAUUAUCUGGUUAAUAUUUUCCAUCAUCACAGCCUAUAUAACAUUCCGGGCAACCCGCAAACCGCUGACUGGCACAACACCCAGGUUAGUUUACAAGUGGUUCUUGUCCAUUUACAAGUUGAGUUAUGGCGUGGGGGUCAUUGGUUACGUCCUCAUCAUGUGCACUCUAUUUGGCCUGAAUGUGGUGGUGCAGGCCAAGUCACAAGCAGCCAUGGAUGUUGGCCUGCUUGUUCUCUUCUAUGGCCUUUACUUUGGAGUUGUUGGGCGAGACUUUGCUGAAGUCUGUUCAGAUACAAUGGCAGCUCAUAUUGGCUUCUACACAACCACUGGUCUUCCAACAAAAACCCUUGAGCAAAACAUGUGUGCUGUUUGUGGGAAUGAGAUUCUUGUUAUGAACAACGAAAAUGCUAUAAUAGAAAAAACCUGCAAAUUAACUUGCAGCCAUAUAUUCCAUGAGUUCUGUAUACGAGGUUGGUGCAUUGUAGGUAAAAAACAAACCUGCCCUUACUGUAAAGAAAAAGUAGACCUUCAACGGAUGUUUCCAGGACCCUGGGAAAAACCACACAUUCUUUUUGGUAAUCUCCUGGAUUGGAUCCGCUAUAUGAUUGUGUGGCAGCCUGUCAUCAUUGUGGUGGUGCAGACCAUCAACUGGCUGAUUGGGCUGGAGUAA